UCAGAUCAAAGUGCCGUGAACGAAGACGUUUAGUAGGAACGCAGUGGGAAAUUUUGUGUGAUAUUGCCCACCGUCGCAGAACGAACAAACAGUAACCUACGGUGUGGACGAGCUGUCGUCAUGAUGCAUGCACGGAUGUCACAUCGUAUCGCGUAACGCUGUCAACUUCAAUCUUCGUGCCGUGAAGUUAGCCACGCGCGGUGUGCAAUGUAUGCACAGCUGAUGAUCGUUCUCGCGCCAAAUCGUAUGACCGCUUCCCUCGUCGUUCGUGAGAAUGCGUUUAAGCUGUGAUUCCCCGGGAAAUUCAACCUUGCAGAUGCACCACACUUUUUUUUCGCUGUCUCUCGCUCUCUCUCUCUCUCUCUCUCUCUCUGCAUCAUUGUCACGGACGUGCUCGAGGUGAUGUGGUGAUCGUUGAUGUUUCAAAGUGCAUUGUUUCUACGCUCCAAGCUUCGAGAACGUCGGAUUUGAAUGUAUGAAAGUUGGGAGUAUUUUACGAAAGUAUACGAAAGGAGAGAACGCGUUAAGGAAGGGAGGGGGAUUUGUUCGCGAAAGAGAGAAAGAAAGUAGGAAAGAAAGCUCGCGAUCCCACGUGAUCUGCGAUUCUAUGCGCUCUUUGUUCUGAUAGACGCCAAUGGGACCUCGAGAUUGGCUUGUGUUUUGGUUAAGUGUAUAUACAAGAAUAAUUAUUCUCUCUGCUACCUUGCGACGAGCCGGUACACAAAUGUCAUAGAUAGAUUAUAUUACCUCGCGAGAAAAAUGAGCCUGCCGACCGUGAGUGAUUAUUGCCUGCUGGAAAAGAUUGGCACCGGAAGCUAUGCGACUGUGUACAAAGCAUUCAAGAAGGGUGGGAGUCGAGAGGUAGUCGCUAUCAAGUGCGUGGAUAAAGGUUCACUCUCGAAAUCAGCGAUCGACAAUCUCGUGACGGAGAUCAAGCUGUUAAAUGUCCUCAAGCACGAGCAUAUCGUAGAGAUGAGAGACUUUUUCUGGGACGAAGGGAAUAUAUACAUCGUCAUGGAAUACUGCGACGGCGGGGACUUGUCGAGUUUUAUAAAGAAACAGCACCGGUUGCCCGAAAACACUUGUCGCAGAUUUCUGCAACAGCUCGCAUUGGCGUUGCGAUAUCUGCGUGAUCAUAAUGUUUGCCACAUGGAUCUCAAACCGCAGAACUUACUGUUAAUGAGAAAACCCCGGUUGGUGCUCAAAGUUGGAGAUUUCGGUUUCGCGCAGUAUCUCACAAAUUCGGAGCACAAGUUCGCGAUACGCGGCUCGCCGCUUUACAUGGCACCCGAGAUGCUGUUGAAGCACAAGUAUGACGCUCGAGUCGACCUGUGGAGCGUAGGGGUUAUUAUGUACGAGUGCCUUUUUGGAAAAGCUCCUUAUUCUAGCAGUAGUUUCCAGGAAUUAGCGGAGAAGAUCAAAGACUGUCGACCUAUCGAGAUACCAAAGGCGGCUCAUGUGUCAACUAUGUGUAAGAACUUACUUAUGGCUUUGCUCAAACAUAAUCCUGUCGAUCGCAUAACGUAUGACGAAUUUUUCGCUCAUGACUUUUUGGACUUGGAACACGCACCCACAAGAGAAAAUUAUGAUAAGGCAGUGGCGUUGGUGCAUAAAGCCGUCGAGGCUGAUGCCGAUAAAAAUGCGAAAGAGGCCUUUUACCUAUACUGUGAGGCCUUAAGAUACUUCAUCCCAGUUUUGACCAAUGAAAGCGAUCCAAAACGAAAGGAAAUAUUACGACAACGUGUGAAUGAUUACAUAAGACGAGCCGAAACACUGAAAAUGGCAUUCGUGGACGGAAAGGACAAACAAUCGUUGGUCGAGAACAAAAAAGACGCAUCCCUACAAAGGAUACCGACCUUAGAGAGAAGCACGUUCGCAUAUAACGAGCUACGAGUCCUCAGUAAGAGUACCACGGGUAUGACAGAUGCAUUCGAAAUAGGAGAAGUGGCCGAGCAAUAUCUCGCCGAGGGUAACUACGCUCUUGCCUUGGAAAAAUUUCAAUCAUGUCUGAGUGUGCUGGUGCCCUUGUUGGGCAAAGAACCGUUAGGCCGAAGACGAGAUUUACUGCACAAACAGGUACAAAUAUGGAUGAAAGAAGCCGAAAGCACUAAAGGACUUUUAGCCACCAAGGAUAUAGAGGACUCCUCGCAACGUGCAUCCGAUGAACAAUGCGUUUUACAAUAAAUCGUGUAAUAAGUAUUGUAAUAAAUUAUUUUUAUUGUCACAA